AUGUCCAGCACCAGUCAAGCCCCGGGUCAAUCCCAAAUCCAGUCAACAGUGGAGAAAUAUGUUGAGGUCUACAUGUCCCGAUACGACGCGUCGCACGACUACAAGCACAUCCAGAGGGUCCUGAACCUGGCGAGGCUCAUCCUGAAAGAAGAGCAGAGCGCCAAACCCGCACAGAACCAAGCAGGCAUGAGGAGGAUCCAAUACGACGACAACCUCGUCACCCUCGGCGCCCUCCUCCACGACGUGGGCGACAAGAAGUACCUACAGCCCGGCCAAGACCCCACCACUCUGGUCCGUGACGAGCUCCUGGCAAUGGGCGCGGCCGCAGACCUGGCAGACCGCGUGCAGGACCUCGUGCUGCACGUGUCUUUUUCCACCGAGAAGAAGGACCCUCAGAAGAUCCUGGACAAGAUCGCCGCGAUCCCGGAGCUGGCCAUCGUGCAAGAUGCGGACCGGCUGGACGCCAUCGGGGCUGUGGGCAUUGCGAGGUGCUUUGCCUACACGGGGGCCAAGGGGAGGGACGACGGGCUGGACGGGGCUAUUGAGCACUUUGUUGAGAAGUUGGAGCUCUUGGAGGGGAUGAUGAAGACGGAUACGGGAAGGAGGCUUGCGAGGGAGCGGACAGAGAGGCUCAAGGUGUUCAGGGGAUGGUGGGAGAGCGAGAAUGAGGGGUCAUUCUUAUGA